AUGGGCUCUCGUGAUGACGAAUACGACUACUUGUUCAAGGUUGUUCUGAUCGGAGAUUCUGGCGUCGGAAAGUCCAAUCUGCUGUCCCGGUUCACCAGAAACGAGUUCAACUUGGAGUCCAAGUCGACGAUCGGAGUCGAAUUCGCCACGAGAAGCAUCUCCGUAAGAAAUGCGCGUGCCUGCCGUCCGUUUAAAUCCGCUUUUCUUUUCAGGUAGAGGGUAAGACCGUGAAGGCUCAAAUUUGGGACACCGCCGGACAGGAGCGGUACCGUGCCAUUACAUCUGCUUAUUAUCGUGGAGCUGUUGGUGCUCUUCUGGUCUACGAUAUCGCCAAGCAUGUAACGUACGAGAACGUUGAAAGAUGGCUGAAAGAGCUUCGCGACCACGCCGAUCAGAAUAUUGUCAUAAUGCUGGUUGGGAACAAAAGUGAUCUGCGUCAUUUACGAGCCGUUCCCACCGACGAGGCAAAAAUCUACGCAGAGAGGAAUCAAUUGUCAUUUAUUGGUGAGCACCAGAUGGAGAAUUGUUUAUGAAAUGCGAUCAUUCUUUGCAGAGACCUCUGCCCUCGACAGCACAAAUGUUGAGGCUGCGUUCACGAACAUCUUGACAGAGAUCUACAAGUCGGUGUCGAACAAACACGUCGGAUCGGACCGUCAAGGAUACGGUGGAGGCAGUGGAACCAUCAUUCCGGCUCCACCGACUGAACCACCAAAGAAGCAGUGUUGCAACUCAUAA